AUGAAUACUAAAAAGGAGGAAAACAGGUCAGAAGAAACAACAAUAUUUAUUGCAGUUUAUAAAUGUUGGUAUACUGUAUCACAUGAAGGUAAUCGAUAUGGUGUAACGUUUCAUAGUCGAAUAUUUGCUAAUGAAUUUAUGAAAUGUUUAGAAGCUGAAUAUGGUCGAUGGAAUACAGCUAAUAUAUUAAAAAUACAAAGAGAUGGACAAAAUUUUGUUAUUUUAAAUAUAUUUUUUCAUGAUCUUUUUACACCAUGGUUUUAUACACAAGGACCUAUUAAAAAUGAUGAAGAAUGGAUUCGAACAGAUUUUAAAAAUAUUUGUCAUACAGUACAAGCUCGAUUGGCUGUGAACCCUCGAUUCAAAUGGAAUAAAUUUUCAAAAAAUUCAACAAAUAAAACAUUAAAACAAACAAAUCAAUCAUCAAUUAACACAAAUAUAUCAAAUUUAGACAAGAAAAACAGUGAUCGUUUAUCAAAUCCUAAUACUGUUACAACACCAUGGACACCAUGGACUAAAGUAGCUUAUAUUCCAUCAUUAACUGAAACAUCGGUUAAAAAGAAUUUGACACGUAAUUCAAAUAAAAGUAAAUAUAAAAUAAAAAAUGAAAAUAAAACUAAUCAACUGGUCAAUGUAAUCAUAUUAGAAGAUAUUAUUGAAUGUAAUGGUUUAGAUAAAGGUGUGCAAACGCAUCAAAAACGAUUACAAACACAUAAAACAACAAUUGAUCCAGUUGUAUAG